AUGAAUGAAAAGUGCAUAGAAACAUAUAUAUUCAAAGCUAAAGAAAUGAUUAGUCUUAAUUUAAAGAAGGGGCGAAAGGCAUAUGAAGAAAUAUGCAACAUGUGCAUCCAUAUGUUUUAUAGCAAGGAAGAAUGCCUAAAUAACUCAAUAAAUUUAUCAUGGGAUAAAACAGUAAUAUUGGCCCCCGCAUUAUACAUAAAACGCGAAUCAUCAGAUGGAUCAAAACAUGAAGGAAUUGUCAUCAAUUUCCCUGUUACAUAUAUCCUUUCUAAAUUAUUAGCAAAUUUAAUUAGUUUAGCAUCCUAUAAUAAAUUUGAUGUAGAAUAUAUAAGUAAUACUUUGCAAUAUUUGCUUACCAAUGAAUUAACUAAUAAUUUAGAUGAUUUACCAGAUAAUCUUGGAUUAUUCGAUGCCUUUAUCGGUUUAUAUAUGGAUGCUUUAAAUGAUUUAUUUAUUCAAAUGUCUAAAAAUAAUACUAAUAAGGAGAUACUAGAUAAUUAUAUUUAUUUCGAAGGAUAUUUAGAUCAAAUUAAAAUAAUAAAUCAUAGAUUACUAUAUUUAUCGAAACAACAAUAUUGGGGAAAAAAACAAAAACGCAUAUUACCUAUUUUUAGUAAAAUUAAUUUAUAUAGAGAUAUGGAUAAUAAUAUAAAAAAAAUAUAUAAAUUUAUUUAUACUAAUUAUUCAAUUGUUGAAGGAAUAAGAUCUAUAUAUAAUGAUGAAAAAAAAAUUUUAUAUAUAAAAGAAGAAGAAGAUUUGAGAUUAUAUUACAUAAGAAAUGAAUCAUUAAUAAAAAAUCAUUGUUCUGUAUAUAUAGUUACAGCUAUUUCUUGGUUUUUAAACCAGGUUAAUCUAAAUAUGUAUGAUAAUAAUAAAGAUAUACUUACCACAUUUCGAGAUAAAUUUUCUUCAGAAAAUAUUAACAAAAUUCUUAAAUCGAUUUAUACUUAUAAAGAUUUUUAUGAGAAAAAUGUAAUCAAUACGUGUAUGGAAUCUAUGGAAAGCAUAAUUAAAAUUGUAGAUUCAACGAUUUUAGCAUAUACAAACAACGAGGUUGUCCUUUUAAAAAAGAAUUUAACAUUUUCAAACUUAAUUAGAUCGAUGGAAAUUAUAUUAUUACAAUCUAAGAUAAAUAGUAUUAAUAAAGAAGAAGAUCGAUUAGAUGAUGAUGUCGGUAGUGAUAUAGAAAUUGCUCAUGAAUUGAGACAACAUGAGCAUUUAAUAUGUUUAAUGAAAUAUAUAUCUAAAGAAAUGGAGUUUUAUAUUUUAUCAUUAAAACCGGAUUAUUUUAAAAAUUUCAUCAAAGAAAAUUAUAAUAACUUUAAAACAAAUGUUAAUUAUACACCCAACGAAACAGAAUUAUAUUUUUGCACAUUCCCGGGAAAAUUUUUUGUGCAUAGACUUUUUAUUAAUGAUAUAUUACACUUAAUAAAUAUGCGCAUUUUAUAA